AUGGGCCUGGCAGGAGUUCAGUCUCCGACGCCUUGUAAUUGGUGUAAAUAUCGACGUGUUCAACGUACUACUACGUGGAGAGAAAGUGAUACUGAGGACCCACCAACACAGUCGACUGAAAAGACAUAUAUGUUACAACAAGAUACCAACGAUGAGGAUAAUAAAUCAACAUCGAGUCAAUCCAAACCAGUAAACAGAAAAGGAUUGAAGCAACUACUGGAAAUACGAAAAAGCAGUCAUAUAAGUGGUGACGAAGAGGAAGAAAAAGAUGAUGAUGACUUUUAUCAAGUAACGACAGGCAAAAAACAAACAAAAAAGCCAGCGAAACAGCCGACAAGGACCAAAACUACGAUUAGGUAUGGUGCAGAAGAGAUUGGCAGCGAAAAUUCAAUACCGCCACAAAGUGUAGAAAGCCGACAAGCAGCGGAACUAGAGCGAAAAAUUUUUUUCAAGCAAUGGUCAGCAUUCGACCCGCUCAAGGGUGCUCGUAAACUCGAAGAACAUUUAUAUGAAGCAGGCCGGGCUUAUCCAAAACACGGCUACACUUUUAAACCGUUGUUCGGAACCUAUUUUCAGUGA